UUGAAGAUGAACUACUUAAAUUCCCUAUACAGGUGGAAUCUGAUGAUUUGGGAAAUGAGCUGGUAGAACAGGUUCCCUCUGCAUUUACACCGUCGUUGCAUUUUAGCGAUAACCUGUCUUUAGUUUCUUCUGCUGUAAAUAUUGCCAAUAAUGCGUUGUUGUCGUCUACUGCAUCGAGACGGCCAACAGUUCCACCUAGAUACAGAGAAUAUGCAAACUGUCAGGAGAGGAUUGCUUCAUUUCAAAGAUGGCCGCAUCAAUUGCCUACCUCAACGCAGCUAAGUGAAGCGGGGUUCUUUUCAACAAACGACGGUGACCUUGUCCGCUGUUUUCAGUGCGGCAUUGGACUUAAAGAUUUUUCACAAAAUGAUGAUCCAUUACUUGAACAUGUCAGACAUUCGGGGAAGUGUCCUUUUUUACCUCAACUCCUUGGCGAAGAAAGGCUAGCAUCAAUUAAGAGACACCUUCGACAAACAGACCCCGAAUUUAAUCGUCGGAUGCAAUUAAAUGGUGAGUUGCCUCCUGGUGAAUUAGUAGGCUAUCGACACCCUGAAUAUCGAACAAUGGAAGCUCGUCUUUUAACGUUUACAAACUGGCCUCGACACAUGAUACAAACGCCUCAGCGUUUGGCUGAGGCCGGCUUGUAUUAUAUUGGCAUUGAUGACCAUGUGCGUUGUUUUGCUUGUGACGGAGGACUACGACGUUGGGACCCUGAAGAUGAUCCUUGGACAGAGCAUUGCCGCUGGUUCCCCGCUUGUCCGUUUGCUGUGGAACAAAAGGGCGAACAAUUUAUAGCUCUCAUUCAAGCGUCUGUUGAAAACGAGAGGUUUGAAGCGAGUGGUGGGGGAGGUGAGAAUGACGCAAUGGUCAAUGCUAUGGAGAGACUCCGGAUACGGGAGUCUGAAACUGAAAAUGUCAUAAAAAAGCAUGGACCUAUCUGUCGCGAUAUGGGUUUUGAAGAGAUGGAUUUAAAGGAAGCCGUACUUGAACUUAAUGAAAGAGGUAACACAGAUCCUUCAAUUGAAGACAUUGUUGACGUUAUUGGAGUAAUAAUAGACAGGAAAGAUGCCAGUUCGAACAUUGUACCUAAUGUUGAAGAGUCACCUUUUGAGGAAAAUAAACGUCUGAAAAAUCAUGUAUUUUGUAUGAAAUGUAAGAAAAAUAACAUUAAUGCAUUGUUCUUGCCGUGCACCCACCAUAGGCUUUGCAUGUCAUGUGCCGAGUCAUUGCAAACAUGCCCUGUUUGUCGGCGGCAUAUCAAAGAAAAGAUCAGAACUUACAUGCUAUAAAGCUAGUGGGGUGUGAUUACGUAUAGACUAUAUAUUGACAAAUACGAAUGCUUGCACGGUAUGCAUACUAUGCGCGUGAUAGUUGGUGUGCCUUCUUACUAGAACUUAAACAUGUUCAAGUUUAUUUCAACAUUAUCCUUGUUCCAAGUUCAUUUUUACGAAUUAUUUGUUUGUCUAUUUGAUGUUAUUAAUGUUUUUGUUGUGGUUGUUUUUGUUGUUGUUGUUUUUGUUGUUUGUCUUUUUUUUCAAAUUUGUAUUGUUAUUUUUACUCAGCAAUAUAAUCUUAUUACGGGUAUUGAAUUACACACGUUGUUUUUUAUUUAUAUUUUUAUUUAAUUCUUUGAAUAAUACUUAAUGUAGAAUCUUACAUACAUCAUCUUGUGAAAAUGUAAAUAUUCAUUUGUUUGUUUGAUGGUUGAUUUACUGGUGAAGGAAACUCCGACGACCCUCAUAGCAUUAUUUUAGGCACGAACGAGCACCUUAGCAGCACAACCGACGUUCCGUAAGGUCCCUCAUGUAAAUAAUGUAUAGUCCUUUACAGAAUUUCAACCUACAGCGGCGGUGAUGGGCAAGUGGUUUGAAGUCAACGACCUUACCCACUCAGCCCAGAACUCCGCUUAUGUUCAAUUAUUAAUAAUGUAUAAUUAUUUAAUAUUAUACGUGUAUUAUAUUUUUAAAUAACGCUAUUAUUUUUUAUAUAAACAUGUAUUUAAGUAGCAUUUUGAUUCGUUGUUAUUUGUCUUUUCUCUGUGAGAAAUAAGAAAAUGAAAAUUUAUAUGACUUGUUUUAAGUCUAAUCCUGUUAAUCAAUAAGUAUAUAUAAUU